AUGAACAUCAUCGACUCGCUCUUCGGCCGCACAAAGUCGCCAGCCGAGCGGCUGCGGCAGCACCAGCGCACACUCCAAAAGGCGCAACGAGAGCUCGACCGCGAACGCACAAAGCUCGAACAGCAGGAGAAGAAGCUCACACAGGACAUCAAGAAGAGCGCACGCGCCGGCCAAAUGCCCGCGUGCAAGGUCAUGGCCAAGGACCUCGUGCGCACGCGCAGACACAUCCACAAGUUCUACCAGAUGAAGACGCAGCUCCAGGCCGUAUCCUUACGCAUCCAGACGCUGCGCAGCAAUCAGCAGAUGGCCGAGGCCAUGAAGGGCGCCACGCGGGCCAUGGGAACCAUGAAUCGCAGCAUGAACCUGCCGGCGAUCCAGCGCAUCAUGCGCGACUUUGAGCGCGAGUCCGCCACGAUGGACAUGAAGGACGAGAUGAUGGGCGAGGCCGUCGACGAGGCCAUGGACGACGAGGACGAGGGCGUGGGCGAAGAGGAAGAGUCCGACAACAUCCUCAAGGAGGUCCUCGACGAAAUCGGCGUCUCUGUCGGCCAGCAGCUCGGCGAGGCUCCCACCGCCGCACUGUCCGCACCACAGGCCGCACCCCAACAGCGCAUCGCCAUCGGUGAAGGCGCAGCGGGCGGUGGAGGCAUUGGCGCGGGCGCUUCCAAGGACGAAGAUGCCCUCCAAGCCCGUCUCGACAAUUUGCGUAGAGAUUGA